AUGCCGAAUAAGCGACGAAGCAAGGACAAGGCUGCUGGAGAACGAUGCAGGGACGGUACUUCCUCGAACUCUAUCACCACCUGGCAGAUAUCGCUUGAGCACAUCCUCAAGACGGCCCCUAGAGCUGUUCUUCUGUUAUCCCUCAUGAGCUUUUUUGACCGACAAGAGACUCCAUUUGGUGGAAGUCUAUCAAGACUAAGGGAGGGGGUUAAAGCCGAGGAUUUGAGUCGUAGCGUUGAGGCUUUGGAGUUGCCCAAGUCCGUGUCAAAACUAGAGAACCAAGAUGUGUAUCGAAUGGCUGAAUAUGAUGAAGCAAGAUUAGGACUUCGCUUUAUUUAUUGA